AUGUCUCACCAACAGCAUGGUGUUAUGAAGCUAAAAGCUUUACUAACUAUGAGCAUUCAAAGGCUUCGCUAUGCUCAAGAAAAACAACAGGCACUAGCGAAACAGUCCAGACGUAAUGUUGCAAAGCUAUUGAGCGACGGCAAGGAGCAGAAGGCACAUUACCGGGUAGAAGGAUUAAUAAAUGAUGACAUACAUAUUGAGCUUUUAGAGAUACUUGAGCUAUAUUGUGAAUUGCUUCAUGCAAGGGUUGCAAUCUUAAAUACUAUCCACGAUGAGAUAACACUUAUUGAAUCUCAUACUGACGAUGGUAUAAAUGAGGCUGUUAGAGCACUCGUUUAUGCAUCACUGUACACACCAGAAAUCCGUGAAUUGGGUCAAAUAAAAGAUAGCUUAGGAGUAAAGUUCGGUAUAGGAUUCUUGAAAGCAAUCCUUGAUGAAAAAAUAGGAGUUCCUCAAAAAGUAUUACAAAAAUGCUCCCCUGCUUUACCGAAGCAAGACCUGGUAGAAUUGUAUCUUCGUGAAAUUGCAAAAACGUAUGAUGUCCCUUAUAGUGCUCUAGAGGAAUCUGAUGAUCUUGAACAAUCACUGGAUGAAGCGAAAGAUGAAUACAGCUCUGAGGGAGUAUCGGAAGAUGAUUCAGGGGCCGAUUCAGAAGAUGGAAAGCCCAUCCUUGCUGUAAACAAUGAUGAGCUGGGUGAUGAUAAACAUCCAAUAGUUAUUAAGAAGCCUCGCCAAAACAGUGAAACGUUGGAUAAGAAGUUGAAAAUACCGAGUGAAAUGGUAAAAGAUGUCAAAGUAUCUCAUGGCAAAAAUAAAACUGUCUCCAAUGAUAGCAUUGAUGAGUUACGGAAAAGAUUUGAGGCAUUGCGUAGAUGA